GUGAGAGGCGCGGCUUGGCCUCCGGGGACGGGUGGGCGCCUCAGGCGGGUGUCGCCGGUGGCUCGGGUACCGUCACUGGGCAUUCCUCCAGCCUAAUGGGCACUUGCCUCGCCCAGGCAGGCCAUAGGUCGAGCGCGCUCCGGGCGGGGGAUACUCAGUGAGGCAGUCCACGAGCACCUCGGGGUGGAUGUGCGCUUCGGCGUCCCUCCCACGCUCUUGGGCUUGUCAGCAAGUAAAAUCCUCAUCCCGGGACAGGUCCGGUGUUGGAGGCCGAUUGAGACCCUUGUAGGACCCGGCUGGGGUAGUGACGUUUGAAUAGGGUCCUGAGAGCUGUCUCGGGAUUUGCAAGAGGAUCUCGGGGGCAGGGGUCGGCGGGAGGGAGGAGAGCAUUGCAGGCUGUGGGGCCCGUGUGUGCAAAGGUGCAGAAGCAUGAAAGGGACUACCAGGUUUGGGCAGCACUGCGUGUUAGGGUAAUGGCUGGAGGAAUGGGUGCGGAGACGGGAGGGCCAGAAAUGUGGCGGGAGCUACCGUUGGGUCUCAACUGGGACGAACCUUGAUGCCCCAUGAGGGAGUGUGGAGUGCUUCCUUGGGUAGUGGGGGAGCUACAGCAGUUUUCUAGAGUGAGGGUAAUUUAAUUAACCAUCCCUUUCUUUUAUGCUUUCACCCUGGGUUCAGCUUUCAGUUCAGUUGGAGGAGUAUUUACUGAAGUGUCCCUUUUGUGUGCCUAAUAAUGGGGUGGACACAGCUAGCCAUGCUAAAUAAAGUUUCAUAUGAGAGAGAGAGAGAGAGAGAGAGAGAGAUGACCGAAGCUUUGGAUAGGAAUCUGGGGAACUGAGUUAAGAUUUCAUCACCAUCACCAAUUUCUCAAGUAACGAGAGAAGCCGCUUCUCUCUGGGCCUCAGUUUUCUCAGAUGUAAACGGAGGACCUAGAUAACAACAGGUUCUUUCUACUUUUGAAGAUAGCAGGUUUCCAAAGAAUAAACAUCAGGCUAUGAACACAUAUGAAAGUGAGUGAUGGAGCAGUGCAUUAGGAAUUGGGAAAAGUAAAAAAGGCUGGGAUUGAGCUGUACUUUGAGGAUGGAUAGGGUUUGAGUCAUCAGGAGCUAUCUCUGCUGAACACCAUAGAUAAAGAUACAGAAGACAGGAAUAGGCAUUUUAGAGUAUAUUUGCGGAGGUAGGCUUUGAGAGGAUGGAGGAUUUGGGAAGUAUGGCACUAGAGGUUGAAGGAACCCCAAGUGGAAAGAAAAUGCAGUACAUUCUGAAAAGGAAGAAAAAAGGAAUGAGAGAAAUGUCAACAAUGUUGAUUUCUUGGAUCUAGGCGAUUGUUAUUUUGAACCUGUGUUUCUCAAAAGUGAAUUUAACUGCUGUUGAUAAAAAUGAGAAUUCUAUCAGAAUUUUAGCAUGUGAUAAUGUAUUGGGAGUAAGGUGAUGCAGAUUGUAGCUUUGCGUUGCCAAUAACUAGCCUCUUGGGCUGUCAUUUAUUUCUUUCAGAUCCUAUUCUCCUCUGUAAAAUGAUGUUCUUGGAUUAGGUGGUCUCUCUUCUCUAAAACCUGUAAAACAGGAGUCUGUGAGGAUGGAGAACUAUUCUCUUUGAAGGGGGCAGGGAGAUAGUAGAUGGAGAAUAAAACUGUUAACUUUGAGGUGUAUGAAAUAGAGUUGGUUAUAUAGACAGAUGGGGUUAUAGACUGAAACUUAAGUAGUGAGUUUUCUCUCAGAGGUGGUAUUUAAAAUCUUGAAAAUGAGUUUGCUUUUAGGGAGAGAUUGUAAAGAGUAUAGGGUGUGCGCAUGGAUAGGAGACUAGAGAAAUGAUUGAAGGAGACAUGUAGAUCUCAGGGCUAUGAGCUAGGACUCCUUUUCAAAAAGGAUUACAUUUUGGGGGCCAACAUUUUUAUUAAAAUAAUUUAACAGUAUUUACAGUAAAUAUUAAUAUUAAGCAAUCAUUUUUGGGAACUCUAGCAGAAAAUAAUUCAAACAGAUACAGUCUCCACUGUUGUUCUGAUUGUCUAUUCAGAAGUAAUAUCAUUUACAUGCUUAUUUAUUCAACAAAUACUUGUGUGUUUCAGGCACUGCUGUGUGCUAGGGAUGUACAAUGAAGAAGGCAGAUGUUGUUCCUAUUGUCCCUGCAUGUAAAGGCUGUAGUGUCCAAAUCAGUGCUUUUCAAAUUUUAAUGCAAAUAUGAAUCACCUGAGGAUCUUAAAAUGUAGAUUAAAUGUAGAUUCUGAAUCAGUAGGUCUGCAGUAUGGCCUGAAAAUUCUGCAUUUUGACAUGCUUCAACAUGAUGCUGAGGUUGCUCAUCUGAGGACCAUACUUUUAAGUAGCAAAGAUCUAGAUCCUGUCUAGCAGAAAACAAGAUUAUCUUCUUACCCAAAAAGAUGAAACCAACUGGGUUACUUUCAAAAGACAACCAAGUGAGCACCGCAGACUAAUGAGUAGGAUCAAUAAGAACGUGAUUUUGGCGCUUUUAACUUUGACAAGUUCUGCAUUUCUGCUGUUUCAGUUGUACUACUACAAGCACUAUUUAUCAGCAAAGAAUGGAGCUGGUUUAUCAAAAUCCAAAGGAAGCCGAAUUGGAUUUGAUGGCACACAGUGGAGCACAGUUAAAAAAUUUAUUAUGCUAACAUCCAGUCAAAAUGUACCUGUGUUCCUUAUUGAUCCUUUGAUUCUGGAAUUGAUUAAUAAAAACUUUGAACAAGUCAAGAAUGCUUCUCAUGGGUCCGCUUCAGAAUGCAAGUUUUUCUGUGUUCCAAGAGACUUUACUGCAUUUGCACUACAGUAUCACCUAUGGAAGAAUGAGGAAAGCUGGUUUCGGAUAGCUGAAAAUAUGGGAUUUCAGUGCCUAAAGUUCGAGAGCAAGGACCCCCGGCUAGAUGGGAUAGACUCACUUUCUGGAACUGAAAUCCCCCUGCACUACAUCUGCACAUUGGCCAGUCAUGCUGUCCACUUGGUGAUCUUCCAUGAAAGGAGCGGCAACUACCUUUGGCAUGGCCAUCUACGGCUCAAAGGACAUAUUGACAGGAAGUUUGUUCCUUUUCGAAAGUUACAGUUUGGUCGUUAUCCUGGAGCUUUUGACAGGCCAGAGUUACAACAAGUUACUAUUGAUGGAUUAGAAGUUCUCAUUCCAAAAGAUCCAAUGCACUUUCUGGAAGAAAUACCACACUCUAGAUUUAUUGAGUGUAGGUAUAAAGAAGCUCGAGCAUUCUUUCAGCAAUACCUUGAUGAUAACACUGUGGAAGCUAUGGCCUUUCGGAAGAGUGCAAAGGAAUUGUUGCAACUAGCAGCCAAAACAUUAAAGAAAUUGGGAGUACGGUUCUGGCUGAGCAGUGGAACUUGUCUAGGAUGGUAUCGGCAGUGCGGCAUUAUUCCUUAUAGUAAAGAUGUUGACCUAGGAAUUUUUAUACAAGAUUACAAAUCUGAUAUUAUUUCAGCAUUUCAAGAUGCAGGACUCCCACUCAAACACAAAUUUGGGAAGGUAGAAGACAGCUUGGAACUAUCUUUCCAGGGAAAAGAUGAUGUAAAACUUGACAUUUUUUUCUUCUAUGAAGAGACUGACUAUAUGUGGAAUGGAGGCACUCAGGCCAAAACAGGAAAAAAAUUUAAAUACCUGUUUCCCAAGUUUACACUGUGCUGGACCGAGUUUGUAGACAUGAAGGUUCAUGUGCCCUGUGAAACCAUCGAGUACAUCGAAGCCAACUAUGGUAAGACCUGGAAGGUUCCUGUGAGGACAUGGGACUGGAAACGCUCUCCCCACAAUGUGCAGCCCAAUGGAGUCUGGCCCAUUUCUGAGUGGGAUGAGGUUAUCCAGUUGUACUGACACAGUAGGUUGAAAUGGUGGAAUUCCCCUCCUGCACAAAAGGGAGAUGACUGUUUAAAAAGAUACGUGUCUAGUUGUCAAACAUAAGUAGGAGCCAAAGAAAAAUGACAAGUUUGAAGAUAAAGAGAGAGUCCUAACCCCUGAGCCAACUGAUUUAAUUCUCUCAUUUUACAUUUAUUAAAGUCUCCAUGUACCAGGUACAAUGCUAGGUUACAGUGGAGAAGCAGAGAUGAGUGAGACAGAUGCCUGCCUCUUUUCCCCCUACCUUUGGUAAGCACCCCAGUUUUCCUUUGAGGGAAACACCCUCACCCUUUGAAGAGCUUAUAUAGAAUAUGAAAUGCUCCGUAAGUGCUUUCAAAAUGUUAAAUAAUUAACAUUUUGGAAGAUGGGCUUACCAGGUGCAGCUAAGGAAGGAUAUACUAGUAAAAACAAUAACCUGUGUAAGCGUGUAUGUUAGGGCUACUUUUAAGGUGUGGAGGCUGAGUUAAUAUUCAAGUGAUCAGACUUUAGGUGACAUCAAGAAAAGAUGCUAGCAGAUUCCUGUUACAAGCACCCUGAUGUGGAAUUGAUUUAGAGCACAGAGCAUUAUAUAAGAGAAUGACAGCUUAUUUCUAGCCUUGUCAAAGGUACGUAAAUUUCCAUACACCUUCUAUUUUCAUCUCUGAAGUGAAAAGAAAGCUUAUGCUUGUGUGAUGCUUAAAUUUCCAGCCAUUGUGAGAAUAUUUUCACUGACCUGAUAAUACUUGUUUGACAAAUCACUCAAGUGAGACCAUGCUACCAGACAUGAUAUUGAAAGGGUGGUGAUUUCAUAAAACAUAUUUUCCUUACUUCAUUCUCAAUCAAUAGGUAAACUAUGAGCAAUUCAUGGUCAUUUAAUAUUUUCUGAGUUUAUAACCCUUGUACUCCAAUUCUAAUGUUAACCCUAAAGUGUUAAUAGCAAUACCUCCACUUUUUCUAAAGGUACUCCUCAGUGUAUUCAUUCAUCAAUCAUAGUUCCAUAUCUUUCACUUAUAGCCUAUAAACCAAUUUCCAUGGUAUGUAAACCUGCCUGUUCACUCUCCUCUUCCAGCACUACAUCAGGACUCCGAAAUACAGAUAAGUGGCAAACCUGGCAGCUGUUUCCCACCCCAGAUCAUAGUAUUUGCAAAGUUUGUAUUGGUUCCUAGUUGUCCUAUCUAUUGAAUAUCAAUGGGGCAAGAACUCAGACAUCCCUACUUUGUAAAGUAGCACCCACUCUGAAACCCUCCAGUUUCCUUUUUCCCCUCAAGAUAUGUCCCUGAGUGGACUGGGAUGGCUGUGUCUCCCUAUCUCUUCACGAGUCACUUUAAUUAUGCCUUGUAAGUGACAGGUAAAGGGAUAUUAGGCACAGAGCAUUGCUAUCUUUUUCUUUGCCCAGGAUAGGAAGCUAAGUCUUACAUUUUAUGUAGGUUGCUUAGGACUACUUUCUGGACCAGAUUGGCAGAUUUUCGUGAAAACUAGAGAAUAAUAGGAAUGUCAGAAAUGGAAACCAGAAGGUCUGAGAGAAUGGGCUGAUAGUUUUCCUAAAACAAAGUUGGGGAAACCUACAAGCUACAACCACCCCACUCCAAAUUUUAAAAACAGCAAAAACUUUUUUUUGAUAAAUGGUAAGCAAUGACCUUCCUCUCUUAGGAUGAGCUUUCAGUGCAUAGUCACUGGGUCUUCUUAUAAAAACCUAACAUAAUUUAGGUUUUCAGGUAACCUUUAUAGAUUACCAGUAAACUUGUCCCCAAAUGACAGGCCAUUGUAAUCAGCUUUCUUUUUGCUAGAAAAUCAGCCCAUGGAAAUCAUACCCAAAUUCUAAAUAGUUGAACCUAAUUUUUUUUUUAUGGUUGAAAAAAUGUAACAGGUAAUAAUAGUGUUCCCGGGCAAAAUCCACCCUGUUUAUUGAGGACCAUUUGCUCGUACUUAGCGUCUAAAAGUGCAUACACUACACAUUUCUGCCCAUUUCAAAUUGGGAUUCCCACUGUUUGCCAGGGGGCGUCUUACCCACCCCCUGUUUAGGUUAUUUCUUUUUAUCUGUCCCCGGAGUUCAAGGUCUUGAAGCAUUCAAAUAUCUAAGCUAACUUGGCCGCGUGGACAGAGGUUCCAUAUACAUCCCUCUGUAGACCACUGGCUGCUAGAAUACCUUUUUUGACUGCCUUCUGGUUUCACAGAGUUCAGACAUUGGGUCCUACCCUAACUUGGGAGAAUGAAAGCCCUUCCCCAAACUCUGAAGGCCAGGCUUGCUCUGUUACAGAUUCAGCUACACUUCAUCCUAUUCUUCUUAAUUGUUGCACUCUGCUGAGUGUCCAGAGACCUUGGAUCUACCAUCAACACCUUAUCAGAUCACUUUUCUUUCCUCACCUGAGUAUUCCAAUAAUAAUUCUCCUAACCUGUCCACUUCCAGGUACAGUUUGCCUGGCUUACCAGGAGAAAACCUCUUAUAGUAACUUGUUUAGCACCCAUGGAUGUCCCCAGAGAGGUCCUGAGAGUCAAGACUGACAACCUCUCACUUGACAACCAGGUGACCACUCAGUCCUUCUCUAAGCAGGGAGCACUUGUCCCUCUCUCCUCUGCUGCAGCUGCUGACAUCUGGAUCCUGGAAUAAAACCUCAGUUCUCCAAAUUGAGCAUCCCUGAGAAGCUGGGCAGUGGGGCAAACCCUGAAAUAUGACCACUAGGUGGCAGAAUGUGUGCCACCAUUCCCCCCAGACAAGUUAACACUCAAGUGAAAAUCAUCUUGCUCUUGAGUCUUAAGGGCCAGAGGGGCCCUCACUGCAACACUCAUUCUAACCCUUUUAUUGUAUAGCUAAAUAAAUAAGCACAGAAAGGAGUGAUUUGAGCAAGAAAGAGUUGAGGCUCUAAGGGUGCCAUGACUCCCAGCACAUGCCUGUUUCACUGAUCACAGCACAACAUCUUUAGCCCUGCUUGACAUGCUUGACGGAGAAGUUUUCAGGAUGUUUUUGCCAUCACCCACUUAAUAUCUUUCUGCUCAAAUUUAGAGUCUGAGGUGACGAAGGAAGAGUGUUUUGUCCAAAAUGCUUACACUGUCUUCAUACCUUUAUCUAAAACAUGCCUUAUCUCCAAAAGGUGAAAUAGUUCAUAUUUGGAGGCAUCAGCCUUUGGUCAUUAUAUUUUUAAUAUCCAGGAGUACCUGAUUCCCUUAGGCUCACGAUGUGUCCCAUUUCUGCUUACCUCUCUACUUCCCCAGGAAACCAUUAGCACCAAUCUAGUAAGUGCCCAUUUCUGAAGAUUCCCUCCUCUUCCUCUUUACUGAUAGUCUCUUAUGGAGGAUCCAAGAAAUUGAGAAUAGAUUAUGCUCAUUUCUCUUUUUUUUUUUGUGACCCUAAACCAUUGUUUCUAGCCUUACAGGCUACAAAGCUUCAAACGGCACAUAGGACAGCAAGGUGUUACACAGGAAAGCAGGGGUAGACUGGGGACCAGAGCUGCAUCUGGGAAACACACUUGGAAUGAAUUCCCACACUCCAAUAAACCCUUACCCAAUGUCACAAGCCUAAGGCUGCAGAUGUUUCUAAGUCUCCCCCUGGUUUCACCUUCUGAAAAAUGAACAGUUCCUUCAUUCUUAGUAUUAUAAAUCCCCUGGGGAAACUUCCCCUCAAAACACGGUCAGAGAAAGUGCCACAUUCCCACCUUCUAAAACAUAGCCAUCAUUUGUAACAACUUUAAAGCACGGGAAAAACUCUAUUUCUUGACCAUUCAAAAGGAUUUCUCUGAAGAAAUGCCCCAGCAGCUACUUCUCUUUCCUCCUGCUCUGUCACUAAGACCCGGGCUAAGUCACCUCUAACAUGUCACUUAGGGAAAGUGCCAUGUUAGCAUAAAAGGGCACAAAGUUUUGAAUUAGGCCUGAGUUUGAAUCCCAGCUUCAUUGUGUGGGAUUUAUGGUGGGGACCUCUUAGCCUCAGUUUCCACAUGAGUGAAUUGGCAAAAUGAAGAAUACUUCUAAGGGGUUUUAGUUAGGAUUAAAUGAAAUAUAAAGUGCUAAGUAUCAGGCCUAGAAUUAGGUAAUACUCAAGAAAUGUUCCAUUUCUUAUUUCCAAAUCCUUUUUCUAAUUAUUCUUCAAAUGGGAUUAUAGAAACUGGUAGGACACAAACCUUACUCAGAAGGUUGCAUGACUGAAUUUGCUUAGGGAAAAAAAAAAUCAUUUCAUUAUAACAAGGCAUUAAAGGACAAAUUGUAUGGUUGAUGAAUUCAGAGACAUGACCAAGUUGCCUCCUUCUCUAAAUAGAACAAAUAUUUUCAUUUUAUUGGUGAAGCUGUUGUCCUCUAGGUCUCCUUAUGCUAUCCCCAUAUGCUACCUAGUUCCCGGGUCCCAAGCAGGUCACUCUCCAUACCUCCCUAGAUUUGGUGCCUGGUCUGCCCUGGACUUCUGUUUCAGUAUUCUAGCUUUUCAUGGAGGUGAACCCUCACCUUCUUGUUAGUAAAUCUCUGCCAGCCAAAAUCAGAUAUAAGCCAUGAUUUGGAGAGGGAAAGAAUUUGGAAUACUUAGUUUCACUUAAUUAUCUGUGCUGAUGAAUGCUUAUGUCAGUAUUAAUAAACGGGAAUUGAAAAUACUCUUUUCUACCUUCUUCCCCCACAUUUGUGUUUCUGUCUCAACUAGGCAAGAAUCAACAGGGUAUGUGAUACUAUUUUAAGCUGCUCCACAUCAGACUGAAAUCCUAAUUAUAGUUUGUAAGUCAAACAGACCAAUUCAAUAGUGAUGCUUUUUGUACGGUACCUGUGCUAAAGUAGACAAGUAUACAUUUUUCUAUGAGAAAUCUGUUUCUAUAUUCUCAGAACUUAUAUCUUAGAAUGCCUUCCUUGCCUUCCUCCAACCCAACCAAUGCAGAGAUUAUGUCGGAACCCAUGAGCCACCCAAGCUGCUGUGUUCUUAUGCACAGCUCUCACAGUGGGGUUGAAAGGCAGUAUGAGGAGAAUUAGAAGUGCUGUAUUUUGUUCUAUAAAACAAUAAACUACUGUCUCAUGUACCAUUAAGAGAAUUACAAGAGUAUGCAGACUUACGAUGACUCAUUCAGAGCAUGGGGAAUAGUUCAUGUGUUUGUUAAAUGAAAAUCAUAUGUAGCUAUUUAUGUAUCCCUCAUCAUAACCAGAAAACGUGUUUGUGAAUUUUCUAAACAAAGUGAUAUUUUAAACAUGAGUAAAUUUCAGUGUAUGCUUACCAGUUUACUUUGACUUUAUCUUCAGGUACAGAUAGUUUGUGGUACUACUGAAAAUGCCUUUAAUAUUAUUAUUUUGAUCAGAAUUUGUAAUAUAUAAUCCAGUUUGGGACGAUGAAUAAAAUUUUUCUAAUCACUUGA